UUAAGGGGAGGAGAGAUAAGACUCCACCGCCACUCUUUUUAUGUUUUAAUUCACUACUUCGAAGCUGAAACUGGAAAGCGGCGGCGUUAAAGCGAAGGAGUCCAGCUCUCUCUCUCCAGCGGAAGCCGGUGACUUAGGAGAACUUGCCACGUCCUUCUACAGAGAAGAAGCAAGAAAAGGAAGAAAAGUCAACUUUCAGAGCUUCCUGGCUACGUCUGGACUACUAAAAACUACCACGCGCCUGAACACUAGCCUAGUUUGGAUAUUAGCGGUUUAAAGUUCUCCGUAAAUUGGUGUAAAUCUAGCCAGACGGGCUUCGUAGAGCCGUCUGAACCCCUCUGACUCUCCCGCUCCUCUUGCUGUCUGCGUUUGACUUGUUGGCGGGGCGUUGGUGCUGUCACCGCCCUGUCCACUACGCUGCUUCCAGCUCUGAGAGGAUACACUGAUUACUCGAGCACACUACUAAACACGAACAGCACAUUAAAAUGGCCGGAGUCAACAGCCUCGACGCGGUGAAGAGAAAGAUCAAGGUCCUGCAGCAGCAGGCGGAUGAUGCAGAAGAAAAGGCCGAGGUUUUGCAGAGGCAGGUCGAGGAGGAGAAGCGUGGGAGGGAGCAGGCUGAGGCAGAAGUGGCCUCUCUGAACAGGCGUAUCCAGCUGGUUGAGGAGGAGCUGGACAGAGCUCAGGAGAGACUGGCCACAGCCCUGCAGAAGCUAGAGGAGGCAGAGAAGGCAGCAGAUGAGAGCGAGAGAGGGAUGAAAGUGAUUGAGAACAGGGCUCUGAAGGAUGAGGAGAAGAUGGAGUUGCAGGAGAUCCAGCUGAAGGAGGCCAAGCACAUUGCUGAGGAGGCUGACCGCAAGUACGAGGAGGUGGCUCGUAAGCUGGUGAUUGUGGAGGGAGAGUUGGAGCGCACUGAGGAGAGGGCAGAGCUGGCUGAGGCUAAUAAGAAGCAUUUGGAAGAGGAGCUAAGGGCUCUGGAUCAAACACUGAAGACUCUGCAGGCUUCUGAGGAAAAGUACUCCCAGAAGGAGGACAAAUAUGAGGAGGAGAUCAAGAUCCUGACUGAUAAGCUGAAAGAGGCUGAGACCCGUGCUGAGUUUGCAGAGAGGUCUGUGGCCAAGCUGGAGAAGACCAUUGAUGACCUGGAAGAAAAGCUCAGACACGCCAAAGAGGAGAACCUCAAGAUCAAUGCCACUCUGGAACAGACCCUGAGCGAACUCAACAGCUUCUAAAGGUUCUGGAUGAGGACGUUCCCCUGUUUCCCAUUUCGACACACUCAUCUCAUCUUCUUACACAUUUGGUCCAGCCUUAAUUUGCUCAAAACCGUUUUACAUCACUUAACCCCCCCACCCCCCAUUCCCAAUUCCACUUUUUUCACUUUUUUGAGGCUGAGCUCACAGAGCCAGUCAGCUCCUGGACCUUUGAGCAAAGCUCUCAGCACUUUGCAACCCCCAAACACCCACCCCUCCCUCCCAAACUGCUCAUUUAUUCACCUUGCCUUGUCAUUUCAGAACCAAUCCGACCCUGAAGUGUCAAAUCCAAGUAUGUAUUUUGGUGUGUUUUGCUUGGAAGAGCUUUUGUCAGAGCUUUUCUCACAUGCCAGUGCCCCUUCAGUUGAGAUGUUUCAUCUGAUGCUUUAAGUAUGUGUUGCUUUGGUUCUGACAAAGCUCAAAUACAGUCCAAGGCAAGCUUGCCCCAAAAGCCUUUUUGAAUAAGGUGAUCAUGAGCUUCUGAAUUUAAACCGUUAAGCCACUGUUAAAUGUUGUUUUUGCUGCGGUCCACUUCCCUGAUUCCUUUGUUCUUCCUCUUUCUCCUUCGCAUCUCCACUUUCUCUUCCUUCUUCAUGUAGGCUUUUGGAUCCAAAACCACAUCAGAUGAUCUAUUAAAACAAAAUGCUUAGUAGUUCUGCGAAGGCUGUUGAUUUUUGAAAGGGGAGGCUUUAAUUUGUUUUUGAGUCCAAUUGUAGGUAUUCUGUGUCACCAUGAUGUAUGUUUUAUGUUCUGUUUUAUUUUUUUUCUGCAUUUUAACAGUACACCCCCCCCCGCCUUAUUGGACCACUAUGUGUGAAACGCUGCACUGUUAUGGGCUUAUAGCAACCAUCCUUGGAGCAGAAUGAGCCAAGUCCUGGAAUUCAUUAAGCUUUCGUUAAGAAUGAUGGACUAUAUUUACCUCCUUUUAAUAGGGCAAUAGUUUAAGUAAUCCAAGGGGAGAAAGGGAUUGGUUUUACAGCCAACUGAAAGAAACAUCACUGCCAAACUAGAUGUUCAGAUGUUCAGGGGUCUGUAAGUAGUGCGUAUACAGCAACUGGGAGAAAAUGCAACACUUAAAAGUAAUAAAUAAAAGAUUUAAGGGUGAAUGUGUAGUUUUAACUGGAAAAGCCCAAAAUAUACUUACAUAAUCACUUUGUUACUGUCUUUGUCUUUUGUGUAAUGAUUUUUUUUUUUUUUAAAUAAAGACCAUGAUUUUUACUGUCA